ACCAGCUAGCAUCGUUAGCCGUCAUCUGUGGGGGAAAUGUACGUUCUCUGCACGAUUGUCGCCUCUUUGGUUCUGUUUUUGGUUUUGAAAUGGAUGAAACGGAGGAGGUUCGUGACGGACGUGAAGCGUCUGGACGGUAAAACGGUUCUGAUCACAGGGGGGAAUUCUGGCGUCGGCAAAGAGACCGCGGUUGCCUUGGCAACGAGGGGCGCGCGUGUCAUCGUGGCCUGCAGAGACCCGGAGAAGGCCCGCAGGGCCGUGGCGGAGAUCAGGCUGCAGAGCCGCAGUCUGAACGUCAGCCACAUGGAGCUGGACCUGGCCAGCCUCAGCUCCAUCAGGGGGUUCUGCAGGGACUUCCUCCAGAGGGAGAAGAGGCUGGACAUCCUGAUCAACAGCGCAGGCAUGCCCAGCAUCCUGGACUGGACGGACGACGGCUUCAGCAUGUGCUUCGGGGUCAACCACUUGGGCCACUUCCUCUUGACGAACCUGCUUUUGCCUCGUCUGAAGGAGAGCGCCCCCAGCAGGGUGAUAACGCUCACGUGCUCCAACUAUAAAUACCAGAAGUUGGACUUCCAGGACCUGAACUACAACCUGCUGCCCUUCUUCACCUACUGCCGCAGCAAACUGGCCAACAUCUACUUCAGUCAGGAGCUGGCGCGGGUCACCGAGGGGAAGGGCGUGAGCUCGUUUGCUGUGCACCCCGGUUUUGUGCAGAGCGGCUGGACGGCCCACUACUCCUUCCUGUUCCGGAUGUUGAUGCAGGUCAUCAUGUGGAUGUUCUUCGUGUCCAGUGAGAUCGGCGCUCAGACCGUCAUCUACUGCGCCGUGUCGGACGAAGCCGCCAAACACAACGGGGGUUACUUUGUGGACUGCAGACCUGCCGCUCUGCGACCUUUUGCCAGAGACGAAGGCGUGGCCAAGAAACUGUGGGAGGCCAGUGAGAGACUGGUCAAACUGGCGUGAUGUUCAUUUCUGCAUUCCAAGUUUUUCCUUAUUUGCACGUUUUUCAUCAAUAUUUUGACAAAAGUCUGAAACUUCAAAAUGAAGAAACUCCAAAUGUUUAUUGUAACAUUAAUAAAGUUAUUUGAUACAAUGUG